UGGAGGGGUUUAUAAGGCAGCGCGAGGAGGCCACACGCCACUCCGACUCAAACACUUCAGACCACAAGCAGCAAGACUCCGAAGCCGAGAGUACAAGUACCAACCGCGACAGCAGAAAAAGCAGACCGAGAAAAGCGAGCCUCCGGAGCUCCGCGUUCGUUCUUUGCCCGUUAUUCGCUCGCUCGCUUUCGCUGGAAUACAGAAGCAGCCGAAGCAGCAUUAGAAGAGGUUGGUAGUAAACUCUCUGGAGUUUGGUCAGAGUCGCUUUGUGCCGUUGCGCUUGUGGAAGUGAAGUGCACCGAGACUUGGACAUCCAGCCCGGGACGUCUGGACGCGUUGUGACCCGUUCCCGCAUCCCAGCAUUCCCGCGGAAGACUUUGAGACUGUCGGAUGGAGAGCGCUUGUUAGACACGCUAGAGUACCUCAGUAACAGAUAUGGCUCCUACUAUCUAGUUAAGAAUCAAACCCUCCAUCCACAUUUACCGUAGUAAAAAGUUCAAACCCCUGCCAUAUCAAAGAAGCCCAGUUAACUCCUAUCAAAGGGUCCACCCGUCCUCCUGAAGCGAGAACAUGGAGUGGUGGUUCGUCUCAUUGGCGCUGUGCGCUUGUAUGUGCGUGAUGUUCGCCCCGGGCAUCUCCACUCCCUCUGGGCCAGCAUCCGCCACCUGUGCCACCCUGGAGCAAAGCCGCUUCUUCGGUGUGUUCUCCUCUAAGACCGCCCUGUCGUCAGCGCCGUGCUCCUGGACCCUGCAGAACCCCGAUCCUCGCCGCUACACCGUCUACAUGAAGAUCACCAAGCCUACCGAGUCCUGCACCCCACGACAGAUCCGGACCUUCCAGUUCGACUCAUUCCUGGAGACCUCUCGCACAUACCUGGGCAUGGAGAGCUUCGACGAGGUGGUCCGACUGUGCGACGCUUCCUCCGCGGUGGCCUACCUGGAGUCCAGCAAACAGUUCCUGCAGGUGCGGAAGGUGAUACCAAGUCUUGGUAUGGAGCCCGGGGAGGAAGACGAAGGGAACAACGAAGGCAGCCAGUUCAACGCUGAGUUUCUAGUCGUGGGGAAGAGGAAUCCGAGUAUGCCAGCCUGUGAGAUGCUGUGUCAGUGGCUGGAAGAUUGCCUAGCAACCAGUACCCACGGAAACCCCUGCGGCAUCAUGAUGACCCCCUGCCAGUGUUGGGAACCGCCCAAGAGGAAGACAGCUGGCUGUUACAGGGGUGGAGUCUACACCGAGAAGUGCUCGCCCACCGUUAGAGACAGCAACCGCGACGCCGAGAUCAUGAAAGGCUGGAACGGGUGGGGCCGCUGGUCCGAGUGCAGUAACGAGUGCGGCGGUGGAGUCCAGGUGCGCAGCCGUGCGUGCCAGCCUGAGGAUGGUGUCUGUGAGGGCGUCGUAGAGGAGGGACGGGCCUGCAACCCUCAGCCCUGCAUCGGUCAAGUCCGACAGAGAAGUCAAGGUCUGCGUUCCAUCAUCGGCCAGCGGCGUGAUUCUGAUGGCACCAUCAUGGCAAACCAGGCCCCUCAUAAAGAAGAGGUCCAGCAGGACACGUGGUCUUCAUGGAGCGUGUGUUCCGUGAGUUGUGGUGAAGGCUUGCAAUCUCGCUCACGCUCCUGCAUGACGUCCACUUACAGCACCCAGUGCACCGGCCCUUUGAGAGAGAAUAGACCCUGCAACAACACCGCCGCCUGCCCAGUGAACGGAGCGUGGGACGAAUGGGCUCCCUGGAGUUUAUGCUCGUCCACUUGCGGUCGUGGAUACCGUGAUCGCGUCCGUACCUGCAAACAGCCUCAGCACGGCGGAGAACCCUGCCGCGGACCUGUCAAACAGACCAAGUUCUGCAACAUCGCUGUCUGCCCAGUUGACGGCUACUGGAACGACUGGUCCGCAUGGACUCCUUGCUCUGCCUCUUGCUCAAAUGGAACGAUGCAGAGAACUCGUGAGUGUAACGGCCCCUCGUACGGAGGCUCGGAGUGCAGAGGAGAAUGGCAAGAAACCACCAACUGCUUCCUCAGAGAUUGCCCAGUGGACGGGAGAUGGCUGUUGUGGAGCUCAUGGGGCAGUUGCAGUAAGUCCUGCGGUGGAGGCCAUCAGCUCAGACAGAGAGUGUGUGAAGGACCUUUCUUUGGUGGAGAGCCAUGCAAUGGAGAUAAAUCAGAACUGAGAAACUGCAACGAGAAGCGGUGCCCAGAACCUCACGAGAUCUGCGGAGAGGAGAACUACGGCAGUGUGGUGUGGAAGAAAACGCCCGCGGGCGACACGGCUGCCGUGUCUUGCCCUUCUGAUGCCACAGGCCUGAUCCUCCGCAGAUGCACACUGGACGCCGUGGGUCUGGCCUUCUGGGAGAACCCCACUCACAUCAAAUGCAUCUCCAAGGAAUUCCAGGACAUCCAGACCCUGAUGCGUGAUCACAUGACUCGGUCUCAGAGCGGUCAGCUGGUUGAUGGCGUGUCUGAGGUGCUGUCUAAAGUGAGGAUGGUGUCGACUGACAAUAUGAAGUACAGCGGCGACCUGCUGGCUGUGAUGGAGGUCCUGAGGAACGGCACGGAGAUCUUCAGAGGCUCAAAGAUGAGCCUGAGCAAUGCAGAUGUGGAGAAUUACGCUCACACCAUCAGUAACUUACUGCAGGAGACACACCGAGAGAAAUGGAACGAAGCUCAACUGAUGGGCGCAAACAUCAAGGAAUUCUUCAGUCUGAUCGAGAGCUUCAUUGACAUGAUCGGACGUCAGAUGAGAGAUUUCCAGGACAUCUAUGAGAUCACAGACAAUCUUGAGCUCAGCAUCCAGAAGCGUCCACGAACCAUGACCUCUGAUGUGACCUUCCCCCUGAAGGGCUGGCGUGGGAUAAUCGAUUGGGUGCGCAAUUCAGAAGAGAAAGUCACAGUGUCCCGCAGAGCUCUGAGUCUAGACGUGCCAGAUGCUGAGCAGAGCACUGGGUUUGUCACCGGGAUCGUUCUCUACAGAAAUCUGGCUCCCAUCCUGUCUUUCCAGAGCAACAGCACGCUGCUCAACUCGAAGGUCGUCAUGGUAACGGUGAAGCCCAACCCUGGCUUCCUGUCGGCACCUGUUGAGAUCGACUUCCCUCACCUGCACAAUGGCACUGUGAACGAGACCUGCAUCGCCUGGGACGAGAGCGAGAGCGCGUCUCUGCUCGGCUCCUGGUCCGCGCGCGGCUGCAGAUCUGUGUCGCGCGACUCCAGCACCACAUGCGUGUGUGACGGACUGUCCACAUUCGCCCUGAUUGCGCGACCGAACCCCGAUCUGAACAUGGAUAAGUCUCUGUUGCCGUCGGUUACGAUGAUUGUGGGUUGCGGAGUGUCGUCCCUCACCCUCCUCCUCCUCCUCAUUAUCUACGUCUCUGUGUGGAAGUACAUCCGUUCUGAGCGCUCAGUGAUCCUGAUCAACUUCUGUCUGUCAAUCAUCUGCUCCAAUGCCCUCAUUCUGAUCAGUCAGACGCAAGUGCGCAACAAGGUCAUGUGUGCCUUGGUGGCGGCGUUCCUGCAUUUCUUCUUCCUGUCCUCGUUCUGUUGGGUCCUGACAGAGGCGUGGCACUGCAUUAUUGACAGCAUGUGCAGUGUUGAGCCUUCACUGACGUCUUUCUGUAGAGAGCUGGGUAAGAAAUACUGUACACACCCGAUUAAACGGCCCGAGUACUCCAGCCACACGCUCACCCUGCGGAGAGAGAAAGGUCGCGGAGUCGACCCAUCCUGUGGCAAACCUGUGUACGUGUGCAACAGCGAGCUCUUCAAGCAGCUGGAUGCCGAUCUGGCCCUCGCUCAGGCCGAGAGCGUCUGUUCGGAUGGCAGCAGUUAUGUGCUCCUGCCCAACACCACCUCCACCCUUCGUGCCAAACCCAAGGACGACUCCAGCGGCUCCAGCAAAUACAACAUCAGCACUGAGCUCCCGCAGGCCCGUCUCAUGCAUCUGAGCGGAACCUACGCCGAACCUCAAGCCGCCUACGCCGUCAAGACUCUCCCCGCCGACCGCGUCAGCGUAUCGUAUUCGGAGCGAGACUCGCCCAUUCAGAACAUCCACAACAUCUCCAGCGAGAGUCACGUGACCAGCAGUCUGGGCGACACCUUCGACUCCAUGAACUCCAUGAUGUCCAAGAGCGAAACCAUCUCCACCUUGUCCAUGAGUUCUUUGGAGGUCAGUGAGGGGAGGCAGAAAUCUCGUUACGCAGAACUGGAUUUUGAGAAAAUCAUGCACACACGGAAACGCCAUCAGAACAUGUUCCAGGACCACAACAGGAAGACGCAUCAUGCUGAGAAGGACAGGGAGUCUCCGGCGUCCGACAGCAAGUCCGUCAGAUGGAGUGUUUCCUCUGCUGGAAGCGACAAGACAAACCACAGCGAUAAGCAGCAGGGAGCAAUGGAUCGGUCCUGGGAGAGCAUGAGCAGGUCACAGGCGUCUCCUCCUGCCUGGGUCCGGAAGGACAUGGAGCCGUUGCAGGCAUCUCCUCCGGAUCUCCAGGGCGUGGAAUGGGAGAAGGCCGGAGCGACCAUACCUCUGGUGGGCCAAGAUAUCAUCGACCUGCAGACAGAGGUUUGGAGCAGCAGUGACUGUGUAGCCUUGGACUCUUUGAGGACGAGCUGUUGUUUCCUCCUCCACUCCAUUGGAUCAGACCACUGUGUUCCCUCCAUUCCCACCAGCGGCUCUUUCUACGGCCUUGUGAACGAAGCCCCAGCACACGUUAUGGGCUCCUGCCCACCUGUGAACUUCCGCAGCGCCGGCGGGAGAAAUUCCCAGUGCAGUAGUUAUGCCAAACAAUAG